CAGGAUCUAGUUUAUAUUUUGCUGAAAUCUUCCAGAUAUUGAGACAAUGAGAUUCAGUAAAAUCGCUGCUUAAUUAUCAAACCUCAACGGCUCAACCCAAGCUCCACCUCUCUCUCUCUCUCUCUACGAAAUCUGUAUCCUAAAAGUCUCUUCUUCUUUUGUCAAUCAAGAUCCCAAUUUCUCCAUCAAUUAGUUUUCUGGAAGAAGGCAUUAACAGAUCAGAGGUGGUGGUUGUAUUCAAAAAUUGAAGAACAGAACACCACUCAGUUCAGCUCUACUGUAAGCUCCGAUUCUCUUUCUCCGCAAUCUCUUCGACUUCAAUUUAUCUGCAGUCUCUGUAAAGAUUUCUUUUUUAUGAGUCCCCUUUAAGCAAAUCGGUGGAAUUAGGGUUCUGCACAAAUGAACGACUUCAAUCCAACAGAUCCCAUUGGGCAGAAUAUAAUAAAGCAAAUUAGCAAUGUAUGUUUCUCUGUGUUUGCAUUCUCUGUGCUCGUCUUCACUGUAAUCGCCAUCACAUACCAACCCCCUGAUCCAUGGGAGUCGUCGAGAGCUCUGACUAAGAUUUUCACCGACGUCGAAAAUGCCACCUUUAAAACCGAUAAUUCCGUGUUGAAAACUGGUGAGGACAUUGCUUCCUCUCCGGUGGCGACGCCUGAGGGCUCAUUGUCACCGAUUACUGAAUCUUCGAUUGAGGAAUCUGAGUCGGAGCUUGGGACAAAUGCGACCUUGAAAUCUGGUUGUGAGGAUUUGACUGUGGUGAAUUGCUCUGAUCCUAGGGUUUUGAUUGCGAUCCAGAGGUUUAAUUUGAGGCAGUUUAAGGCUAUUGCGUUUCUGGAUUACCAGACGCCGGUGAAUGGCUCUAAGGAGGAUGAAUGUGACGUGGCGUGGAGGUUUAGGAACAAAAAGGAGAAAUCUUGGAGGAAGUAUAGGGAUUUUAGGAGAUUCAAGUUGGGAUAUAAUGAUGAUUGUAGUUAUAAGGUGAUUCGUCCGGGGCGCUGGCAUUCUGGAUUGAAUGCGCGUCGUCCAUGGAUGCAAUCUAGGGGGAAUGGGAGGGGGCAAAGUGGUAAGUUUUCUCCCAUGGUUGACAAGGAGAUCAAUGAUACAAUUCCUGUGUUGGGAUCAGAUUCGGAAUUUAGGAAGGGAAGGUAUCUGUACUAUUCGAGGGGAGGGGAUUAUUGCAAAGGAAUGAAUCACUUUAUCUGGAGCUUCUUGUGUGGUCUUGGCGAGGCCCAGUUUCUGAACCGGACGUUUGUGAUGGAUUUGAGUAUUUGUUUAGCUUCUACGUACACACAGAGCAACAAGGACGAGGAAGGGAAAGAUUUUAGGUUCUAUUUUGAUUUUGAACAUCUGAAAGAGGUGUCUUCAAUCGUGGAGGAAGGCGAGUUCAUGAAAGACUGGAGGAGAUGGGACAGAAGUCAUAAGAGGAAAAUCCCAGUUAGGAAGGUGGCUAGCUAUAAGGUGACACCGAUGCAGCUGAGGAAAGAUAAGACUCCCAUUAUAUGGAGGCAGUUUGAUGCUCCUGAGCCGGAGAAUUAUUGGUAUAGGGUGUGUGAAGGGCCGAGUGCUAAAUACAUUGAGAGGCCGUGGGAAGCGCUUUGGAAAUCUAAAAGAUUGAUGAAUAUAGUUUCAGCAAUCAGUGGGAGUAUGGAUUGGGAUUUUGAUGCAGUUCAUGUGGUUCGAGGGGAGAAGGCGAAGAAUAAGGAGUUAUGGCCUCAUCUGGAUGCAGAUACUUCACCGGAUGCCCUGGUUGCUAAACUACAGGGGGCGGUUGCACCUUGGAGAAAUUUGUACAUUGCUACGAACGAACCCUUCUACAAUUACUUCGAUAAGCUGAGAUCCCACUACAAAGUUCAUUUGCUCGAUGAUUACCAGCAUUUGUGGGGGAAUGCGAGUGAAUGGUACAAUGAGACAACUCUGUUGAAUGGUGGUCGUCCGGUUGAGUUUGAUGGUUAUAUGAGGGUCGAAGUGGAUACUGAGGUCCUUUUCCGAGCAAAGACAAGGGUGGAGACGUUCUAUAACUUGACCGCAGAUUGCAAGGAUGGGAUCAAUACGUGCUAAACCAGGGUCUUCUUCGUUCCAACUUCUACUCGGUGCUACUUGGGCUUGCACUGGAUCAUGGCCCUACAUCAGUUCCAAAUUCUGAUCAGUGGGCAUCGAGUAAUUAAACUGCAUAAGAUGAAAUUGUGGUUUCGACUGUAAGAUUAUAAGACGGCGUGUUCUAGUUUCUAGAACAUGCUCGGUUUAUCUGACAUACAGCUCAUGUUAUGUAGUACUAGUAUGAUGUAAGAGGUUUGCUGCUUAAAUGUGCUUGUUCUUGGCUACUUUUGCAAAUUGUUUCUUUCUUUCCUUCUUCUUUGCAUUGAUGGUUUAGGGAUUUUUGGUUUUUAUGGUUUAAGUGAUGUGAGUUAGAAAAUUAAUUAGUACCUCCAUCUUUUGUAUAAGCUCUCCAGCAGUCUUAGCAGCAAUGACUAUAUUUCUAUCUGAGUGUUUGAUGAACCCUUCUUGGACACCUUUGUCGAAUAUCCCAAGCAAGCAGUCAUAGUAUCCAUCGACGUUCAAGAGCCCGACCUGCUCGAGAUAAACACAAACUUUGUCAAAGAUAGAAAGUCCUGAUGUUUACAUUAUUGAAUUAUUGAAGACACGCUGACAAUUGUGUAUUUUUAUCAGAAGUUUAUUUAAUUUGAGCAUCAUUUAGUCUUAAA